GUAAUCCACUAAUCCCCCACGGAUUUCUCUCUCUACCGGAUUCUGAGGUCUGGUAUCGGGAUGUGCACACCUUGUGUUUGUUAGAAGUCGUGACUUAAAAGUUAUAAAGUAUGGAACGUUCCUUCUAGCCCUCUCUCUCCUUCUGCGUUUCAAGCUCAUUGAAAACCGCAGUACUGGUAAGGAAUGGGAAGAAAUGAGAGCAGAGGAUGAGACACUCUAAGGUUUCUUCGGCUCGACGGUGAACCACCAGUGGUUGUGUUUACAUUCAGCGACCUCUCUCUACUUCUCCAAAACUACCCAAUGUUCUAUUUUUUCCUAUUUCUUCCUAGUUCGUUCGCAACAUUGAAGUGAAUUGUAACAUCACCGGCAGCACUAGCCUGCCAAAGCCUGUUUGAGUGGUACAUGAUUGUGGUCAGAUCCUGCAACUGAAGACAACCACCAUCAACUGCCUGAUUUUGUCUGCAAUGAGCCAUGCUUGUGUCUCCCAAUUCCACAUCCUGUGCCACAAGGCAGUGGCAGCUCUGCCGGUGAGAAGAGAGUGUGUUAGUGUCAUUGCCCGAUCCUGCUCUACCAGUAGCUCACUGGUGACAUCUCCAUCGACCCAGCUCACCCUUCGUCCUUCUGCACCAGUGGUAGCGGCCGCCCACCUAACCCCCUUUAAUGCUCCACAGCGCUCGGAAGAGUGGUUUGCGCUCCGCAGGGAUAAGCUGACAACUAGCACCUUCAGCACAGCUCUGGGAUUCUGGAAGGGCAACCGCCGUUCUGAGCUCUGGCAUGAGAAGGUGUUCAUGUUGGAUGCUGGAUCCAUUACUGCUGCUGGAAAAUCUGCCAUGGAGUGGGGUGUGCUCAAUGAGUCUGUCGCAAUAGAGCAGUACAAAAGCAUCACAGGUCGUGAGGUUAGUUCCCUUGGGUUUGCAGUGCAUUCAGAGGAGCAGUUCAAAUGGCUUGGUGCCUCUCCAGAUGGGCUUCUAGGAUGUUGUCCUGGGGGUGGGGUCUUGGAGGUGAAGUGCCCAUAUAACAAGGGGAUGCCUGAACUUGCUCUGCCAUGGUCAACUAUGCCUUUCUAUUAUAUGCCUCAAGUGCAGGGUCAAAUGGAGAUCAUGGCUAGAGAAUGGGUUGAUUUGUAUUGCUGGACUCCAAAUGGGAGUACAAUCUUCCGUAUUUGCCGAGAUCAUGAGUAUUUUGAGCUGAUUUAUGGGAUUCUGAGGGAAUUUUGGUGGGAGAAUGUUAUAACUGCAAGAGAAGCUUUGGUGCUUGGAAAAGACGAGGAUGUCGAGUCCUACAGGCCAGCUCCGAAACACAAGCAGACAGGGCUGGUUAUUAGUAAGAGCAUAAAAUUGGCUGCUGAGGCAAAGCUGAUAUGCAGGGACAUUGCUGGCCACACAGAGUUUUACAGGUGAUCGGCCGUUGGUGCAAAGAUGACAGAUUGGCUCCAUCAUUUAUAUGUCAAUUUGCCUAGAGGUUCUCAUUGCAUAGUGUAUGUAUAGUUCCUCUGGGUUCUGAUUUGUAAGAACAUGAUAUUAUUUUACAUGAGCAACUCCCUCUCCAUGUUCUCAA